CAGGCGUAGCAUGCAAUGCUUCGGAUACCUUAGAAACACUUAUUGUUAUUCAAAGUCAACAACCAUAUUUUCGUCUUGGCGGAGAGUUGUGGGAAACUCAAUCGUACUUUUGAGAGCCUUUGCCUCUUUUUCUGAUAGCUUUUACUUGCCUUUUAAGCUUGAUCAAAAGCAGGCACUUGAGGCUUUUAGGAAAUGGAACAGAAGUUUAUUGUUGCAUAGGCACUUUAAGGAUACUGAAUUAACUGUUGAAAAAUUAUAUGUUCCUUUUUAUAUUUUCGAGGCAGCCCUUCGUGUGAAUUACACUUGCGAGAUAGGCUUUGCAGAAACCGUUCGUUUGAAGAGUAAGCUAGAUAACAAGGAAAGUGUUUUUGAAACUUGGUCUUGGCAUCCUAUCAGUGGUAGUCUUUCGGAGGUUGAAUAUCCGCCUUCAUUGGGAAUUAUGCAGGUCUAUGGUGGCUUCGAAAGACUGAAGCGUUACAUGAACUUUAUUCGUUCACUGGAAAUUGCAGGGACGCUUCCUUAUCAUAAAGAUCUUUCGAAAGAAGCACGAAUAGAAUCGUUUGCCUUGGAUGAAGAGGAUGCCUUUAACAAUAUACGUCUACUCAUAUACGAAAGAGAAGAGAAGCGUUGUAGAAUCGCCAUUCAAAAGGAAUAUGGUGCGGAACGUAUUAGAAAUCUGCGUACGAACCUUGUGUUUAAGCGUUUUGUGACAAAAAGAAUUUUUCUUCCAGCUUUUGAAGUUUCCUUUUCAGGUGUUGGAGGUAGAACUUUCAAAGUCUGGAUCAAUGGAAGAGAUGGUGACACUACUGGAGAUCGAAUGUAUUCCAUACUGAAGUCUUCUUUGGCUGGCGCUACCAUAUCGACAUCAACUUUUGUAUUAUGUCAGGUAGCUGGAAUUGCACCAUGGCUUGAGCUGACUGAUUUGUUGAGUAGUCUUCUUAUUUCUUCCUUCUCGAGUGGCUUUCUUGCCUAUUUUAGUUCAUUGUUUCUAUGGCUUCGUUCUCGUAUAGAAUUGUAUUCCGAGUUGCGAUAUUUCCAAGGAUAUAAAGCUGAAAAGGACGCCAACCAACAUGAAGAAACUUUUCGACGUGCUUAUGAAAGAAGAAAGCAAGAUUCUUAUGAAAGUUAUAAUCGUCGUCGCCAUCCUCCUACCACUGCUCCAACUCGCUCUUAUUAUGAUAUUUUGGGAUUACCACCUGGAGCCUCUAUUGAGCAAGUCAAAUUAGCCUUCCGUAAGUUGGCAAUGCAGCAUCACCCUGACAGACAACAAGAUUCUAUUAGCAAACAAAAAGCUUCGGAAAGAUUUCGUGAAAUUGUAACUGCAUAUGAGACACUCAAAGACCCGGUAAAGAAGCGUGAAUAUGAUCGGGAUAAAGUUUAAAGAUAUAGGAACUUAAGGUUUGC